GCGCAGCCGGCGGGCGAGAAGGACCCCAAGCGCGGCAAGUCAAAAGAGUCAGACGACGUAGUAACCCAGAAGAUGCCGGUGCAGCUCGAGGCGCGCAUGAGGACGCAGGAGCACUACGCCAUGGCACAGGUGAAGAAAGACGGGCCCCAGCACGAGCGCGGCCCGCCCGAGCUCCACUUGUUUUCCAGGGCUCUGGGCGAUAUCGAGGGUUGGUUGACCGAGGCUUCAUCAUUCGAAGUCAAGAAGUACAUCGGCCUGCCGACGAGAGUGCGCAGCAUGCUCGAGCAUGGCAAGAGCGAGGGCGCCAGCGAGUGGAUCAAGGAUUCUACAUUCAGCCCGAUGUACGACGUGAAGAAGGUGAGAUUGACAAUGAGUAUUCGAGGACACGUGCUCGUCGCGACGGCGGGCAAACACGUGGAGAAGCUGAACAAGGCCCAGCAGGAGGCCUGGGGAGGCGCCCCGACAGACGACAAGUACGAGGAGGUGCUCCAGCGGACGCCGCUGGAGACGCCGGCGGUGCCCGAGGGCGCCGAGCUCGUGGAGCUCCAGCACGCCCUCAGCGUGAUCCUGCGC